AUGGCGUUUGGUUUCCCUUCCAAAAAGGGCGUCAGGACGGGGAUGCGGCAGAACAAUGGUGCCAAGCGUAACACGGUCAAGCUACGUCCUCCACCGGCCAAAGCCCCGACCGCGAGCUCUUCACGACCAGCUGCUGGAGACGACGACAACCGAACACCGUACUACCAACGUGACUCGACCCAUCAGCAAUGCGACCCAGGCGAUGACCAAGGCGAUGAAGAAGAGUUCACGUAUCAGGAUCAGCUGAGAGGGGAGAAACGACCUCUCGAGGGCGCGACCGUCACCGUGUCAGGGUGUGGUGCCGACAAGAGGAUGUUGAUGACCGUGGCCGCCGAAUUGGGAGCCAAGGAUUGCACCUCGUUGACGAGCCAGACGACACAUCUCAUCGCUGAUGGGUUUGGGAGCGCAAAGUGCGAUGUCAGUCGAUUCGACCGGGCGACCGGGAGAGGCCUCUUGAUGAUGGGGCUUUGAAGGAGUUGGCCCCUGACCCAUCAUGACGUUCUUCUCCGAACAGAUGGCACUCAAAUGUAACAUGAAGAUCAUGGAUCCAAAAUGGUUGCUCGCCGUUCGAGACGCGUGGAGGGACGCCGAAAACGUCGACUUUGCCGAGGUGGGUAAUUCGGAUGCCCAGGCCAAUCUCCUUGGACCUUUCAGGUCUAGAAAACUGAUGAUGAUAUCCCCGGCACAUAGCUCGAGAAGAAACACCGACUCCCGGCUUUGACCGGUACGGUCGUCACGCUCACCCAGUUCCCACCUGGUCGGUCAUUCGCAGCGCCUUUCUCGACCCUCGAGCUGAGUCUGGAAGCACUGACACAACUUUUGCAUCGGCCGAUAGGCGCUCGCGAAAGCGAAUUGAUGACGAUCCUGGAAGGAGCUGGCGCCGAAAUCACCAAACGCCUGAACAGGAGGACGACCCACCUCAUGGUUUCCUCGACCAGCUCGGGUCAUCUACCUCACACGUCCAAGCUCGAGUUUGCGACCAGCGACCGAGGGAGGACUGAACUUCCAAAGAUGAUCAUCGUUUGGGAAGGGUGGCUCGAAGAUGCGAUCCGAAGAGGGGGGAGGACCGUGGCUAGGGAUAUCAAGUGGAAGUACGAACCGGGAGCGGAGGCACCCAUCAUGCUCGACGACGAUGACAUCGACCCCAUUGCCUCGACGUCGCGCGGUCGGACGAGGAAUGUGUCCACCGUCCCACCAACCUCGCAGUUUCACACGUCGAGAUCGCAUUGGGGACCUUCUUCAAUGGCGGGUGGAGCUGACCAAGGGACCACGGCCAAGAAGACUGGGGAGGAAACCGACGAUGGCAACACCGUCGUCAUACGCAAAAAGAAGUCGAGGAUCGACAAUGACCCGUUGCUCGGACCCAUGGCGAUCAAGCUUCGUACGCAGGGCUCGUCAAUUCGGCCUGGGUCUGGUGCGAUGAAUCGGGACGAGCAAGCUUAUGGUGAACUUGUGGCUCCCCACGAGAUGGCAAGACAACCGCUGCGAGGCGGGGGGUCUGAAGCAACGGUGGAUGGGCCCGACGAGAGGCCAUCGGAGCAGGUCACGUCGGCUACGAACGAUGACAACCCCUACGCACUCGGUCGAGAUCGAGGAGGAUCGAUCAUCAAGGCCUUGUCGAGUACACGGUCGAGGCGCUUCGACGAGGUCGAGCCGUCCAGACCUCGCACGGCGCUCGUUUCAAAACGCUCGAUGGAGGGACAUACUCCGAACCCACUUGCCGCGGACGACUCAGCUUUCUUCGAGGGCAACGAGGAGGUCCAGAUGGGCGCGGAGAACGAGCAUGGGGAGGAGUUGUCGGACCCACCCAUCUUUGAAGGGUUGACGUUCUCAUUGAUGGACAUGCAAGACAAGAACCGUGGCAUCAUCAAGCGAGCCGUCGAAGAACGUAGAGGGAAGGUUUUGAUCGAUCGCAUCGAGCCCACGACCGACCACAUCGUCGUCGACUUCUUUGGCGCCCCUCGCGAAUACCUCGGACCGGAUGCCGAUCCUCGUGUCAUCACAGGGUGUUGGAUCGAAUCCUGCAUCCACGAGGAUCGACUCGUGCCAUUCGAUGACCGAUUGCUCGAACGCCCCUUGCCGUACGAGAUCCCCAUUCAAGGUGCGGACCAGCUCAGAAUCCAUCUCUCGGGCUUCAGCGACAUUGGCAAGAUCCAUACAAAGAGAUUCCUCAAGGAGAUUGGAGCGGGCACUUCCAAAGUCUUUAAUCGAUCGUGUACGCACCUGAUCCACGUCGAUGCUGGGAAAGAAGUGGGAGGCCCCGGGGGGCUCAAGAUCGACAAAGCGCGGGAAUGGGGGAUCCCGAUCGAGGGACCGGACUGGUUGAGGAGUUGGGCGGCCCAACGAGGCGUAAUUCCUUCGGCUUCGUCUGCCGAGUCGGCGACGUCAGGGACGACUCGGGACAAGAAGGGCAAGGGCAAAGCGACGGUGGCCCCGAGGGACAUUACGAACGAAAGCCAACCUCGUCUUGCGAGGUCUCGCACAACUCCUCACGUGGAUACCACCGUCGCAGACGAGAACCAAGCCAUCACGAGUGGCGCCCUGUCCGGAUGCGUCAUCUUCGUCUCGAACAAGUUGGCUAGCGUCGAGAAGAAGAAGGUCAUCGGCAGCGUCACCAAACUGGGCGCUACGGUCGCCACUUCGUUCGACCCCUUCGCAGCGACGCAUCUCGUCUACGCCAGUAACCGAUCGAAUGACCCUUCGAGCGAGUACAAGAAAGCAAAAGCGGCGCAGACCUGUAUCGUGCAUCCUCAGUGGGCCGUCGAGUGCGAACUCUUGGAUGAACGAGUCAACGAGCAAGAGUACCCUCACACUUUUGAUCCGAAGAGGGGCGGACAACUCGCAAUUGUUGCCAUCAGCUCGCCCGCGAAAUCACAGGAGAGAGCCCAAUUGGUUGCUUCGCCGGGAGGACGUCGCGCUAGUCGACCACCUAAUUCGCAAGCCCUUUGGAUGGAACGGAGCAAUAGCUCGCCGAACAAGCCAGCUACGCCGAAGCGUCACAAUGUGGACAUGGAUGACUCGUUCGGGCCCCUUGCGGCUGCUCAACCCGUGCAUUCGGUUUGUGCAGACGAACCUUCGUCGCCUCGCCUGUCCCAAGCUGCCGUAGAGGCAGGCGCUGGUGCAAGAGUCGAAUCAAGAUCUUCGUCAGACCCCGCUCCUCUCCCCGCAGGAGAGGAUGAAAGCUUUCAAGAGACGGGACGGAAGAAAUCCGGCAGCACGCAGCAUUUUGAUGAGCUCACGAGGACGACAUCGGAGCUGUUGGCGCACUUUGCCGAUCUGGGAGGGGAAUUGGCCAAUCCUGCGAGGGCUUUGAGUCGAAAGAGGGUGCGUUGUAGAAAGGGUUUACUUUGGCUGUGAUCUCUGAUCUGACUGUGGUGUGUCUUUUCUCCCCUCCUUCUCAGAGCCACGUUUCGAACGCCUCGACAAAAAGUUCAAUGUCGAUGAGUCGUGAUGGAUCCAAGAGUUCCGAAGUACCUCGCAAAGUACCCGGACAAGCGAUGUUCGAGCCCUCGCAAUUCACCCAGGCUGGCGAAGAUACCUAUGCCGUCGAAUACGAUGACCCUGCUGAAGUCGCGGCUCGUGCGGCGUUGGCCUUUGCUUUGGGUGGUGGUAGGGAUCCGACCACGACGACCGAGACGAUCGAGGCCGCACCUGUAAACCAGGGCUCGGAAGACAAGGAACUCUACAUGCGAACGAGCACGCGUUCGAGCGCUCGGAAGCGCAAAAUUGAUAAUGAUCUAACGGAAGAAGAGUCGUUCGAGUUCGGCAAAGUCGGAAAACGGACUCGAGGGGCGAGGUGA